ACACAAUUACAUUAUAAACAUGAAGAGAUAGGGAACAAGCAAACAUGGCUCUGAUUACAUUAGCAUUAGCAUUCCUGUGUGUCUGGUCCAUAUCAGCACAAGUACUGCAUAAAUCAAUAGUACCAAAAGAAGUAAAGAGAGAUUCAGAAGUUACUGUUUUCUGUGAUUCUGAUCUUGCCGGUGUCCCUGAAAAUGGCAGUCCUGAAGGCAUUUAUGCGUUACAUCUGAGUUGGAACAAACAAUUCUUUUUAAAGUUCGAUACCGAGUCUCCUUAUAGAAUUAUACCUGGUCCAAACUAUCGCUGGCGUACUAGGAUUUCUGGAACGUAUCCCAUAAACGAGUUUGGAUUUUUCGAUAGGGAAAAAUUCAGGCUGGAAAUCGAUGUGAUAUAUCUCAAACCCGAUGACGAAGGCGAGUUUUGCUGCUCUAGCUAUAUCGUCAAGGACAAGAAAGUACAAUUGGCUUCAGAACGUUGUGAGGACUUUAUAGUUACACAUCAGUCCAUAAUAGAAGGAAUGGUAGAUCCACAUAAUUCAUUAGUCUUGAAUUUGACUCAAUGUACCCCUGAGCUCGCAGGAAUUCCUGAUACAGCAACAGAGAUGGAAAACAUGUCGUUCUUCUGGCAAAAUAAAGAUUUCUAUCCGAACGAAUAUUUUUUGUAUACAUUAAGAACGUAUUCGUAUCCUGGUCAGCACAGAAACCCCAAUCUAGUACAAUACCCAGACGUAAAUCUAAUCAAACCUAGAGGAAAAGAUCAUUGGCACGUGCACCCUGGUUAUCGACAGUUAAAGCCCAACAUGAGAAUGGACACGCAUGGAACGGAGCUUCUUUUGUUAAUUUAUGGCGUACUACCCCAAGACGCUGGCUGGUACUGUUGCAGUGUAACUUACUUUGACGAAGCUGAUGCCAAACGUUUAGCCCACAGGUGUCAUUAUUUAUCAGCUUCACGUAUUGAAGUCAGUUUUAACUCCAAAAACGGAAGCUCAAUCAAGAUAGUUACCGAGAGUCUAAUCUUCGGGUUGCUGAUUAUUUCAUGGACUGUGCUACACAUUUAUAGGGGUUAAUAGUUUACUUGUUCCUCGCUUAAACGCCACUAAACAGAUGGAAGUCUUACCUACUAGCAAUAACACAUAUUGUGUUAUAAGGAAACCAUCAAGCUCUAACCAUCAAAGCAUCGAAAUUCACUGUGCACAAAAUCAUAAACAUUAGCUAAAACAAACAUCGCUAUUGUAAAUAGUAUCUUACAAAUUAAUAUUAUAUAAACGCAUUAAAAUUUCUUA